AUGCCGAUAUUCCGUGACGUGAAGACAUAUUUGUACAGGUACUUUUUAAUGGCAAAUACGUUUGACCCGUUUGUUACAAUAAUUACGGAUGCUAGAAGCCCGACGUUGGUAUUGCCCGAGUCAAUCUACCAUCAGUAUACAAAUCAUGUCACCAUAAAUUGCACUAUUGUUACUAGGGAGCACCGUACUUAUGAAGUUUGGUUGGUGAAAGUCGUAGAUCGAUUGCAAUUUGAUGACGGUUGGGAAUAUUUUGUACGUGCGGAGGAUAUUCGCGGGGGCUACAUCUUGUUCUUCGAGCGCCAAAGUCUAUAUGAAUUUGUAGUGAAAGUGUUCACUUGUAACUUCGUUGAACGACCUCCGCAGUAUCGCUUCUUUGUGGAAAUGAAGAAAACGCACGUAGAACGGGCACGUUUGGCCAUUCCUAUGAGUUUUUGGAGGGAGCAUAUAGAAGACCAAAUUCAUGAUACUAGUAGGGCUAUCUUGAUGUGUAAAGGACGUCGUUACAAUGUUCCAAUAAUCCAAGGCCAUGGAAAGGCGUUGAUGGAACAUGGUGAUUGCCGCGAAUUUAUGGACCGAAGUGGAAUCGUCGAGGACUCGACAUGCGUUUUCACUUUAAUUGGAUAUGAGUGUGUUGUUUUCAAAGUAAAGCUAUUGGAUGCAUGA